AUGUCCGCAGCAGCGCAAGGCGACAUGAACACUAAGAAGGCUGUCGUCAGCGAUACCGACAACGGCGCCGACAACAAGGACCAGCAGAAGCCCGCCGCCGCGCUGGAAGAGGAUGACGAGUUUGAAGACUUCCCUGUCGAAGACUGGGAACAGGAAGAUACCGAGUUGCCCACCGCAAACACGCAUCUGUGGGAGGAGAGCUGGGACGACGAUGACACGAGCGAGGACUUCUCUGCGCAGCUGAAGGAGGAGCUGAAGAAGGUCGAGGCGAAGCGCGGUUGA